AUGCCCGGCCCCGCAGCCUGGGCACCGCCGCUGCUGCUCUUGGGCCCGGGACCGGCCGCCUGCGUCUGGACCCGCGCCUGGAUCCCGGCCGCCAGAGCGUGGAUCCCGGCCGCCCGCGCCUGGGCCCCGGCCGCCCGAGCGUGGACCCGCGCCUGGACCCCGGCCGCCCGCGUCUGGACCCCGGCCGCCCCACCGCCUCGGCCGGGGCAGCCGGGCGGCGUGGGCCUGGCGCGGGCGCUGGGACGGUGGGCCGGGGCCUCCGGCGUCCCCCGGAAUGCGGCGCUCGUCCCACGUCCCGCCCCGUGCCCUCCGCGCGCCCGGCUGCAGACCGGCCCGGCCGCCGAGGCCGGGGACAUCGCAGACGCCUCGCGGCGGCGCUCGGAAGCCCGGAGGCUUCUGGGGCUGGUGCGUCCCGAGCGCGGAAGGCUGUCAGCUGCUGUUGGGUUUCUGGCUGUGUCCAGUGUGGUCACCAUGUCUGCCCCCUUCUUCCUCGGGAAGAUCAUCGAUGUCAUCUAUACCGACCCCGCUGUGGACCACGGCCGCAGCCUGACCAGCCUCUGCCUGGGCCUUGCCGGCGUGUUUCUGUGUGGCGCUGCUGCCAAUGCCGUCCGUGUCUACCUCAUGCAGUCUUCAGGUCAGCGCAUCGUGAACAGGCUGCGCACGUCGCUCUUCUCCUCCAUUCUGAGGCAGGAGGUUGCUUUCUUUGACAAGACCCGCACAGGAGAACUGAUUAACCGCCUCUCCUCAGACACUGCACUGCUGGGGCGCUCCGUGACAGAAAACCUCUCAGAUGGGCUCAGGGCUGGGGCCCAGGCCUCGGUUGGCAUCGGCAUGAUGUUUUUUGUCUCACCUAGUCUGGCCACCUUUGUUCUGAGUGUGGUGCCUCCGAUGUCCAUCCUGGCCGUGAUUUAUGGACGAUAUCUACGGAAGCUGUCCAAAGCCACACAGGACUCGUUGGCUCAAGCUACACAGCUAGCUGAGGAACGCAUUGGAAAUGUAAGAACUGUCCGGGCAUUUGGGAAGGAGACGACAGAAGUAGACAAGUAUGCUGGUGGAGUAGACCAUGUGCUACAGCUAGCAAGGAAGGAGGCCUUUGCUCGGGCCGGCUUCUUUGGAGCAGCCGGCCUCUCCGGGAACCUGAUUGUGCUGGCGGUCCUGUACAAGGGAGGUCUGCUGAUGGACACCGCCCACAUGACAGUGGGUGAACUCUCUUCCUUCCUAAUGUAUGCUUUCUGGGUUGGAUUAAGCAUUGGAGGUCUGAGCUCUUUUUACUCUGAGCUGAUGAAAGGUCUGGGCGCCGGCGGGAGGCUCUGGGAACUGCUAGAGAGACAGCCACAGCUCCCUUUCAAUGAGGGGGCCACUCUAAGUGAGAAGAGCUUCCAGGGUGCAUUGGAGUUUAAGAACGUACACUUCGCCUAUCCAGCUCGCCCAGAGGUGCCUGUGUUUCAAGACUUCAGCCUCUCCAUCCCAGCAGGCUCUGUGACGGCGCUGGUCGGCUCCAGCGGUUCCGGCAAAUCCACAGUUGUCUCACUUUUGCUGCGGCUGUAUGACCCUGUUUCUGGGUCAGUCAGUCUCGAUGGCUAUGACAUCCGCCAGCUAAACCCAGUCUGGCUGAGAUCCAAGAUUGGGACAGUAAGCCAGGAACCGGUGUUGUUUUCCUGCUCCAUUGCUGAGAACAUCGCCUAUGGUGCGGCUAGCCCUUCCUCUGUCACAGCCCAGCAGGUGGAGAGGGUGGCGGAAGUGGCCAAUGCCGCCUCCUUCAUCCGGAGCUUCCCCCAGGGCUUCCACACUGUGGUUGGGGAGAAGGGCAUCCUCCUCUCGGGGGGACAGAAACAGAGGAUUGCGAUUGCCCGUGCUCUGCUUAAGAACCCAAAAAUUCUACUCCUGGAUGAAGCAACCAGUGCACUAGAUGCUGAGAAUGAGCACCUGGUCCAGGAGGCUCUGGAUCGACUGAUGGAGGGAAGAACCGUGCUAAUCAUUGCCCACCGUCUGUCCACCAUUAAGAAUGCUAACCUCAUUGCUGUUCUCAACCAAGGAAAAAUCAUUGAACAUGGGAAGCAUGAAGAACUGCUUUCAAAACCAGAUGGCAUAUACAGAAAACUAAUGAACAAGCAGAAUCCUAUAUCAGCAUAAAGAAGCAGCUGCUGCAGAGGCCUGGGGUGCAUGGCCUGUCAUCCCAGGGGGGCUUGCCAGUUUGAGGCCAGCCUAGGCUACAGAGCAAGAUUCCAACUUAAAAAAAAAAUCUUAGAGAUUGUAUGCAAUCUGUGAAUUAUUCACAGAUUAUUGAAACAUGCCUAUUUCCCCAAAGAACGUAAACUAUUGUUUCAAAAUAUACUGUCUUUAAGACAUCUUUAUUCAUAGUCUUAAUAAUUGUAACUUUGUAAACAUCUAUAGCACUGAAGGUAUUUUUAGGUCUUAUAGUUUUUAUCUUGGAACAUUUUAAUACAUCAUGACACCUCAUUUUCUUAUGCCUGCUGUAAUAGAUUGAAGCUGGCAACUUUUAAAAGGGCAUUAUAAAUAAAGCCUCAUUAUUGAAGGCUGGUUUACCAUUCACUGGGGCUCACCUACCUAGGGCCUACUUUUUCUGGCAGAGUAAUGAGAAGUAAAGAUGUAAGCCCGGAUUGUGUCCCAAGCAGCUCACAACAGGAACUACAUAACAUACCAGCAGCAACAGUGAAUUGGUCAGAUGGAGAAGGGGCUGUCGGUCCCUUUGCCUCAGUGUCUUCAGAGAUACAGGAUCCUGUGGGCGAUGGACAAGUUUAAGUAUGUGCAGUUCCCAACGUUUUGGCAGGUAAAAGUCUGCAUUUACAAAGGGAAGAAUCUCCACCCUUUGAAUGGGAAAGCUUUUUUUCCUUUAUUCACAUAUUUGUUUCUAUGACUACUUUGGGGAACCAAGGCAUAAAUAAACCAGUAUUAUUAAGAAAGAUGGAUAAAAAUGAAUUUUUCAAAGUU